AUGGAGAAGAUUAAUAUUGUGAGUUCACAAGAUUCAGGAGAAAACCAUGUUUCUAUAGGUAUUGAAAUAGGGAACGACCAGAGUAUUCUUUGGUCUGCUUCUAUCAGACAAAAGCUUUCUGAGAGGUCCAAUCCAUCGUUGGGGACAACAUCUUGUAUUUACAGAGUCCACCAAAGAAUUCGCAAAAUGAAUGAAGAUUCGUACACGCCGGAUAUGGUCUCCAUCGGCCCUUAUCACCGUGGUAGGGAUAAGUUGCAAGCCAUGGAAGACCAUAAGUUGCAAUAUGUACAGUCUCUGCUUGAUCGAACAAGAGAUAGAAUAACUCUAGAGAAGUAUGUGGAAGCUCUAAAGGAGUUAGAACCUAAAGCCCGUGGGUUUUACUCAGAGCCUAUCAGCUUAAGUAGCAAAGAAUUUGUAGAAAUGAUGCUCUUUGAUGGCUUCUUCCUCAUUGAGUUAUUUCGGAAAAAUUUCAAUGUUGUUGAGGUAGAUGAUAACGAUCCCAUAUUCUAUUCCAAUUCAAGAAGAGCAAGGGUUGUGGGUGAUUUGGUAUUAGUUGAAAAUCAAAUACCCAUUUUAGUUCUUCAAACGUUAUUCGAUCUAAGUAAAGAUCCUAACCAAGAUUUUCAACCACUCAUUAAAAUGGCUCUCUUUUAUUUCCAUACCUUGAUACCAGAAGCCGUACACAAGUAUCCUCAAAAUAACAAAAACAUUACACACAACCAUUUACUGGAUCUUUUAUGCUACACACUUGAUAGUUCUCUUCCGAAGGUCACGAAGCCAAGAUUAAGUACAACAGCACAUUCUCUGCCAUGUGUGUCGGAGCUCCGGUGUGCCGGUGUUAAGUUCAAGAAGGGCCACAGGUCUAGUAGCUUGAUCCACAUAAAGUUCAAGGAAGGAGUAUUUGAAAUCCCUCCAUUAUGUAUUGAUGACUACACAGAUUCUUUUUUCCGGAAUCUUAUUGCUUACGAGCAAUACCGUUUUGACGGUGCGCACUACAUAACAUCAUUUGCCAUCUUGAUGGAUUACCUUAUUAAUUCUGAUGAAGACGUGGCAUUUCUCCGUGGUCGUGAAAUUAUUAAGAAUCAUCUUGGUCAUGAUAAUAAGGUGUCGUUUCUAUUUAGCCAUCUAUGCAGUGAAGUUUCCAACACUGACUUCUAUUACAGUGAACUUUGCGACGAAGUGAAUGAAUAUUAUAGCCAGCGUAGUAACAAAUGGAAUGCGACAUUGAAGAGAGAUUAUUGCAAUAGUCCAUGGACUAUCAUUUCAGUGAUUGCAGCAAUUGUAUUACUCUUUCUCACAGCGUGGGGCACCGUAUUUACCACCCUUCAGGUCUUCAAUGUCCAUGCAUAA